CCACGAAUCGGACAUCAUCACCAGUCUCGGGUCCUACCGGCGGACCGGGUUUGGUUUUUAUUCUCGUUUUGUCGUAGACUUUCAUCCUAAAACCUGCAGGAGAAAGGAGCUAAACUCUGUACAGACGCGCAGUUGUGAGUUCGGCUCUGCACCGCACCGCACUGUGGCCGCUCGGACUCGUCUCUCCGCUCCGUCUGUGUGGAUCUUUCCCCUCCCCGGCUCGCCCAUGCUGAAGGCGCAAAGCGGCCCCGGUGGCCGGAGACCCGCUAACGGCGCUCCCGGCCCCUCCACGCCUGGCGCCGCAAGCAGGCCGCCAGCCGGCAGGAACCGUUCUGUGAAGUCUCCUCUCCACACCUCUCCACAGGCAUUUGAUGGGGUCUAUAACAACGCCCGCAUGACCCACUUCCUCACGGCUGUCGUGGGUUCCACGUGUGACAUCCGUGUGAAGAACAGCAGUGUGUUUGAGGGUAUCUUCAAGACACUCAGCUCAAGGUGUGAACUGGCUGUGGAUGCCGUUCAUAAGCGUUGUGACGCAGACGGUUCUUCGGCUCCUCCGAGGAGAGAGGAGAUCAUGGACACCAUGAUCUUCAGCCCCACCGAUGUCGUCACUAUGACCUGCCGGGAUGUGGACCUCAACUAUGCCACCAGAGACACAUUCACCGAUGUGGCUAUCAGCUCCAGCCGUGUGAACGGAGAACAUAAAGAGAAAGUGCUGCAGAGGUGGGACGGAGGCGACAGCAAUGGAGAAAGCUACGACCUGGAGACGGAUACCUCCAACGGCUGGGACGCGAAUGAGAUGUUCCGCUUUAAUGAAGAAACGUACGGCGUCAAGUCCACCUACGACUCUAGCUUGUCCAUGUACACGACUCCACUGGAGCGGAGUGGUUCGGAGGGCUUUAAGCUGCGCGAGGCUCGAGCUGCGCGUCUGGCAAAUGAGAUUGAGGCCAGUGUUCAGUAUCGCCACAGAGUGGCACUGGAGAACGACGAUGGGAAGAGUGAGGAGGAGAAGUACAGUGCAGUGCUGCGGGAUGGAGGAGAGAGAGAGAGCCCCAGAGAGCGAGAGAGGGGACGGGACAGCCCCAGCAGCAUCACCAGGGAGGGGAAAUACAUCCCUCUUCCCCAGAGAGUGAGGGAUAUGGGUGGUCCAGGCAGCAGUGGGCGAGACCGUGGAGGUCGUGUUGGCGGAGGUUUUACUCCUAGCCGGCCCACGCCCCCUGGCUCCUCCCCCAGAGCUCCUGCACCCUCACCCGGACCACAGGCUUCACCCUCGGAGCGCAGCAGCCCGAUGACCAGCAGGGCGGCGUUCUCCCCAAACACUCACGCAAAUGCCCCCUCCCCACGACCGAGUGAACCCUCCACCAUCGGCUCACCCAGCAGUCCAACAACGCCCAUCACACAUGCCCACCCACACCCCACGGUUCCACACUCACACUCCCUACCGCACUCCCUCUCCGACACAGCAAGACCUGUCAAUGGGGUAUCUUCCAGGACGUCUCCCAAGGCCCAGCAUUCUCUACAGGCCAACAGAGCAGCUCGGACAUCCACCACCCACCCCUCAACUACAGCCUCUCGCUCUCCCAAAUCAGAUGCCCCUUCACGGGAUUCCUCCAGUCCCAGUGCUCCCUACAUCGAUGGCAUGCCCAUUUCCAUGGCGAAGCAGAAGCCUUCAGGCCCUGCCCCUCUCUUCCCAGUAGAUGUGAAUGAGAUCCUGAACUCAGCAGGAAAAGACAAACCCAUAGAAAGCCCUUCUGGCACAGAGGAAGCCAAGAGUAAAGCCCCCUCAGCACAGCAGCGUUCACAGAUCGAGGAGCUGCGGAAAUUCGGGAAGGAGUUCAGGCUGCAUUCCUCUACUUGUGCUUCGGCACCAGCAGCAGACUCCUCCAGCGCCGCCCAGCCUGGGUCCACAAAACCUGCUGCAGAGCCCCCAAGCCCUGCAGCUGAACCCAAACCCAGCAUGUCCCCCAACAUCAACCCCAGCCUUUCUCCUAACCUCACUCAAAAUCUGACCCCUAGCCCUCAACCCCAUCCCCCUGCACCUGUAUCCCCUGUAGAGGACCCCUCUAAAGAGAGGGAGACUCAGUCUACACCCGUCUGCGGUCCCCCCCUUUCAGAAAGGCAGUCUGCAGGGACACCCCAGCCAGCCAGGACCCCGGGAGCAGAGGAGGUCAGAAUGGAGGCAGCAGCGGAGGGCAUGACUGAUCAAGUGAAGAAGUCCACUUUGAACCCCAAUGCGAAAGAGUUCAACCCCAACAAACCACCUUUGGCUCUGUCUAAACCCUCCACUGCCCCCACUCCCCCUCGUCCAACUCCUCCGAGCCCGUCUGUGGUUUUGCAGCAUCCACCAGGACAAAACGCCAUCUAUAACACACCCUACCUGAGCUACGUAUCUCAGAUACACUCAGUGCAGGCCCCUCAGAUGUAUCAGUACACCAUGUCUACAGUCAACCAAGGAAAAUACCGACCUCCGAAAGGGUCUGUGAUGCCCACCCGGUCAGAUCACAGCUCCCCGGCACCUCCCAUGCUUCAGUCUGCAGCUGGAGCCUCACUAGUGGCCUCCCCGUAUGCACAGUCCUACUUGCAGUACAACCCUCAGCAGUAUGGCCAGCAGCAGGUCAUUCAGGCCAUGACUCCAUAUGGACAGCCUAUGUACUCAGUGCUGCAGAGCAGUGCCCGUAUGCUGGGACAAAGUGGGGGUCAUCCUCAAACUCUCGGACCACCCGCAGGCCCCCAGUUUCCUGGACAGACUGAUGGCCCUCAGGGACCGCAGCAAGGCUUGUAUGGAUCUGUUCAUCCUCCUCAGCCCUCGAGCACACCCACCGGCAACCAACCACCUCAACACACAACACCCAGCCCUGGACAGACUCCUCAGUCCGGACCUCAGUCUCUGUAUCACUCUGCUCCACUCUCUGCCGCGACCCCCCCGAAUCUGCCUCCAGGCCACUCGUCCCCACAGGCCUCUUACUCACUUCAGGGUUACGGCCUGCAUGGACCUCAGGCCAUCACACACACAUACUCUGCUUUGGGGCAGCUUGCACAGGCUCAUGUUCCAGGCCCGAUGUCUGCACCUCAUCACUCAGGCAAUCACGGCCCUCCACAGGUUGUCAUGCUGCAUGCCCCACCCCCACAGGCAGGCCAUGGCUCCGCCCCCCAGCACCCACAACACGGCCCCCAGCAAGGACCACCACAACACUUUGCCUAUAUAGGACACCAUUCAGCCGUACAGGUUCAGCCUCAUCCUUCACAGCAGAUUCCAUUUCACCCUCCUGGAAACUGAUUACAUUUUAUGAACUGAGAUUAAACACCUGAAACCCUGCGCUCACCUUCGGACUGACAAGGAGACAUGGACACCGAGGGGAAGACGGGGAGAGAGGGUAUGAAAACAAGGCAAGAACUUUUCUCCUUUUCUCUCAUUCCCACGUUUUUGCCAAGGACUGCCCAUCGUUGCAGUAUCUGCCAUCAAGAUGUGAGAUGAAAAUACACAGGAGCAAAGAAAUUCCAUGGCCGAUGUCCUUCCUCCAGUCCUUUUUUUUCCCCCCUCUUUCUUUUUUUAAGGUCAACUCCUCCAGCGUCGUCAGAUUUUAAAAGAGAAAGCUUCGUUGUUUUAGAUGAGAAGAAUAUGAGAAUGCAACCAGAAAAAAGGUUUUUAAUUUUAGCUGGACAGUAUCAAUAAGAUGGUUUUUCUUGAGCAUACAAACCUCUGGACAAAAAAUUAAAUACGUUCUAAGCGCAUUUUGGAGGGUUGGGGUGUAAAAUAACAAAGGAAACCAGGACUUCUGUGUCAGCAACGAAGGGACGAAAAAGGACACUUUGACCAGAGGGGGGAUAAAAGAAAUUGCAAUACCUCUGCCCUGUAACUACCUGUAUUCCCUGAAACCUCUAACUCCUUUUUCCACUUUAUUCCUCCGUAUCCAGGGGAAACAAAACUUUGAAAACCGGAAGGAAAAAAAAAUCACAAAACCCAACAAUGACCAAAAAAAAUAAAGUUUUAAACUUCA